GAAAAGCACUUUACACAGAUAAAAAAACGACACAAUUUACAUCAAGAAUUGCGACUGAAAAGUGCCAACUUCACUUUAUUGAGAUCAUUUGUGUUCUUUUAUGUUCUGUUCAUACAGAUAAACUUCAGUAUGAGAUGAUGCAUGUGGAACUUUACGAUUCUGCUAACAACUCAUAACUGUUAAUGAUUACUCAUUAUAGUGGGGAUUGUAGCAGGAACAAUAACUCUGAUGAUCAUAAAAAUUAACAGCUAAACUGUACCCCUGAUGUAUUCUCCAUGUAUUCAUUAUGGUGAGUGCAUUUGUACUGUUCCUCAUCUUAAGUGAAUGUCGGUUGAUAACCUCUGCAACAACCUUGAUGAAAGCCAUUAACGAGAUUAACCAAGAAAUCUUUGCAUUGAGGACUGAAGCUAAUCAUGAAACUUAUGCCCAAAAUCACAAACCGCAUGAUCUAUGCCCGAAAAAGAUUAUGGCCUUUGUACCUCAAAAAUUUGGGAUCAAAGACACCAGAUUUUUCAGAAACUUUGAGAAGAUAAAGGAACUUCUAGCCAAUAUCACAAGGGAAAAGAGCAUAAUCGAAACCCUGGAUAGAGAGAUCUAUAUAAUUGACCAGUUCCAUAACAGGAUAAAGUUCACUGUAGAGGUAAUGAAUGAAGAUGUAGAAACUCUCAGUAAGAGAAGGUUGACGGGCUUGGCUAACAUGUGCUACCAGUAUGAGAAGAUCAGGAGCAAAUCUGAUACAUUGGUGGAAGGUGAAGAUGAAGUGAUUCAACUCAGAGACAAGAUGGAGGAAGCAGAAAUGUCCUUACUUUAUGAAAGAAUGCAUGAUGUCAAGGAAGAUCGGGUACGGAUGCAGAAGUUCUGUGCGGAUCGGUUAAAAAACAUUACAAGCUUGAUAAAUGAAAUUUUUGAUAGUGAAAAUAAGAAUGAUAUAGCAAUGAAGACAGGGGAAGUAAUCAGGGAACUAGAGUUCGAGUUGUUGGCUGCACAUAGUAUGAGAGAAAGUAAAAAGACAGAACUUUUCAACACCCCAGAAGAGUUUGAAAAACUGAAGAAGGAUCUCGAGAUGAAGGCUUAUGUACUGGAUCAUUAUAAGGAUGACAUUGAGUGUUACAAAAAACUUAAAUCAUCAACUAUGAAAAUAGAAAAGCCAUCAUUUGGGCAUGUAUUGUAUUUGUUGAUGUAGUACUUAAUAAUUUAGAGUUUUUUCUUAUUCAGUAUGGAAAUACCUGUAUUUAAAGGAAAAGCCAAAACUUCAGUAAGUGAAUGCAUCAGCUAAGGUAAAUUAAGGUUCAUUAUUAGAUAUAUGAACAUACUUGCAUAAAGAAACAGAAUUUAAUAGCUCGAAAGUUUAUUUCACACUACUUUUUUUUAAUAUGAUGGCAAAUACAAAAAUGUUAAAUCAAUAUAAAUUUAAAUUGUUCUUAUGAACUAAACUGGAUACAUUUCUAUGGUGCUGGUUGCAAAUUAGAACUCAUAAAACCUUAAUUAUUAUUGGACUAAGAUGUAUUAUACUUAUUACGUGCACAAACAUAUUAUACCAAAAACAAAUCUUACUUUCAGUUACCCUUGGCUUCGCACAUAAUUUCAAUUUGAAAAACAGGGACACCAUGAGUACAUUCUUUUUAAUGGCAUUCAGGCAUUCCUGAGUUUCCUAUUUCCAUCUUUGUCUUGAGGCAAUAUUGCUUUACUAAAAGCUACAUAUAAGUUGUCCAUGGCUAAAUACUGGAUUUCAUAAAUAGAUACCAGUUUUUCCAAAGGUUUGACCUUGUGCUUUAUUUAUCCUCAUUACAAAUGUAAGUUGUAUUGUAAAUUGUGGUUUGAUGAAAGAAAAAUGUUUUGUCUGUUGUCAUUAAUGUUAUUCUUGGAAUAAAUACUGUUUGGCCUUUGUUU